CUUCCAUUCUUUCGCUUCGUCUACUACAAAUCAAUCGGUAUCAUAGAACAAUAUUUAUUGAAAUCUCUGAAAUAAAAUAUUUUCGUUUGAAGUUCUUGUAUUUUUAUUGAAUAAAUUAUCGCUAAGAUGCCAAUGGUCGAGAGUGCUUUUAACAAUUGUCAAAUAAAUGUGCCACCCCGACUACCCAUUAUUCUGAAACAAUUCUGCAAAGCUGCUAUCAGAACUCAACCGUACGAUUUAUUAAAAUGGUCUAGCGCUUACUUUCGCGCUCUUGCUCAAGGCGAAGAGCCACCAACGAAAAUCAGACUCGAGUGUCCGUUGCCACAAACUAUUUCCGGCCUGACUCUUGGAUUUUUGAGAGUUUUACUUCGUCAACUUGGAGAUUAUAACAAAACACUCUCGAUUGAUGCAAUACUGAGAAGAUGGGACGAUCUCUGUUUGGAUCGCAGAGACCUCAAUCUCAUUAUGAUCAUUGGUAAAUUUCGAAAAAAAUGCCAGGUUAAGAAGUUCCUGGCAAUAGCUGUUGGUCUUCUGGGCUCGAGUCUUUUCGAAACGAUGCUCAUGGUAUGCGAGCUUUUUACACUCGAGCCCGAUGGCGGUUCGGCGAUGAUACCAGUUACUUUGUUCAUGGAAAUUUAUGGUUAUCUUGCCGGUUUGCGCUGCGAUGGCAGUAAGCGAGAAUCGUUCGACGAGGAUCCUUCGGAAUUCUUGAUUUUCGAUAAACCUGACAAUGGACCAUGUCCGCCGGAAGAAGUUUGUACCCUCGGCAGAGACACCAAUGUAGUAAAAACGGUCGAGCAAACUUCCAUUGCGAGUGAAGACACAGAGGCGGAUAUUAAUGUGAAUCUUGAAUCUUCCUCGAAGGACGAGCAAGACUCGGACACUAAGCAGACACCAGACGUGACGCCGAAAAGUUCCAAUCGCUCUGUCAGUAGCUCCAGUAAAACGGAACGAAAUAUAUCGGAAGAAAGUUCACAAAAGUCUGAAAUACCGAGCACAGGCGCAGAAGAAUCAGGAAAAAAUGUAUCCGGAGAUGCGCGCAGUGAAGAAACCUGCGAACAGUCUGAAAAGGAAGAUACGAGUAAGGUGGAAGAAAGUCGUGAUGAGAGUUCUGAAGAUAUUACGUUGACCAGUCAUUUUUACGAGAAUGGCAAAAACUAUGCCAGAAAAAACUCGGAGAAUGCAAGGAAAAAAUUACAGAGCGAAGAUACUAGCCUUAUGAAUUACUAUCCGAAUAUUCCAGGCAUAGGUCCACGGUUGACUCCGGAAGAAGUUGCGGCUGUAGCAAUAUGGAUGACCGAAUGCGCUAAUCUUCAGGAAGGGAUGGUCGGUCCAAGGAAUCUUCGGCAUUUGCAAUGUCCGAAUCUUGACCGUUCUGAAUUGUCGAGAUCGUAAUCUAAAAAAUAAACGUGGUUAAUUCUUGCCAGAGCCAAUCACGUUUUCCAUGAAAAGUUACUCGUUUUCGAAUCAAUCACACCCUUUCGUUGAUAACAAGUUCGUCAAUUUCAUUUAAAAAAAAAAAAAAAAAAAAAAAAAAAACGAGGAAACUAGGUUUUUUCAAACAUUUCUCCCGUUGGUAACGUAAUUGAAAAAUCUUCAAAAUUCAACGAAAAGCUAAUUAUUAUUCUCAAUUAUUAUCAAAUGAAAAACGUGACUGGACUUAGGAAUUAUCCAUGUACUAUUUUAGUCAUCAGUGGCAGAAAAGAUGUGUAGAAAAAUUUUGUUGAAAAUGAUUAUUAUAUGUGACGUUAACUAGCUGCAUACUCACAAAUAGUUUAUUAAAAAAAAAUUCACUCCAUA